UUGAUCUCCAUCCACGCUUCGCGAUUGUCUUCACUCAGGCGGUGAGGCGGGCUCAUUCCAAUUCCAACAGUUGGCUAUCGACUCGAGACUCGACUCUUGUCAGUUCUUCAGCGGUGGUGCCGAACGUCGUUUGUUUCUUUGCGCUAGUGGCCAAACAGAAGCAAUAACAAUGAAAUUGCUACUUUUACCAGGUUUUCUUCUCGCGCUGUCGGUAUUAGUGAAAAGUCAACAUGAACAUCACCACACCCACGAGCAGCAUCGGGUGAACGUAUCUGUUUAUUACGAAUCACUGUGUCCAGAUUCAAAGAAAUUCUUCACUCAACAAUUAUAUCCAUCACUUCAGCCGCAAAACAACAUUUCCGACUUCGUCAAUUUAACUCUCGUGCCAUAUGGAAAAUCAACAAGAACAUUUGACAUAACCGAUUGGAAGUUUGAAUGUCAUCACGGAGAGAUCGAGUGUUACGGCAACAAAAUUCAAGCAUGUGCUUUGAGACUUAUCGACAAGGGUUUACCCAGCGAAGGCAAAGGCUUUAACAAGGGUGCCGUAGGUUUCAUCAACUGUCUUAUGGAUAAAGCUGACAAAACAGCCAAAGUGGUCUUCCCAACAACUGAAUGCGCAUUAAUCAAUCCAGUUUCCAAUCUUCAGGAUAUUGAAAACUGUGCCAAUCAUACCGAUGCUGCAAAUUACCUUGCUCUUCUCGGUAAGGCUACAGAUGCAAUCCAAAAGCCGCUAAAAUCUGUACCCACCAUCGUAUUCAAUGGAGAGUAUAAACAAAGCGACAAUGAUUUAGCGCAGACCAAUUUCAUUAAAGCUCUUUGUCAGUAUAUCCAAGACGACAAGCCAGAUGUAUGUUCAAGUGCUGGCACCUUUACUUUUAGUUUAUCUUUAAUAUCAAUGGCCGUAUUAUUUACAUUAUACUAGAAGAGUAGUUUUGACUUGGUUCUGCAACCGUAGAAAUCCAAGAUCCAUAGUUUUUUUUAGCGAUUUUGUGCCACUAGUUGUAUUAGCCAUACCAUAACUUAAAUCCGUCCCACCUUUUCCUUGUAAGCUUGUAGAUAACCAAACCCUAACUUUGAAAUUACUGUACCCUAAUUAAACUAAGGAAACAUUUCCUCGCAUCGUCUAGUAGGUGAUUGAACAUAAUGAAUAUAUAUACAGUAACAGCCACGUUAGUAGGCACACGGGUACAUUGAGCUAAUAAAUGUUAUCCGCUAAGAGUGCUGGACCCUGCACUUGUUGCACUGUUUACUUUUAUGUCUAGCUAGUGACGUCUCAAACGUCAGAAAAUGUACAGAAACCGUAGGCCAUUCCAACAUGCUGUCAAUUUUAAAUCAAUCUGACAGCGUAGAGGCAAACAUAAAUAUUUUGUAUCAGUUCUUAAUGUGUUUUAGAUCAUUUUAGUUGCGUUUUUUUGUAAUUUUGUUUUGUACAAGGAUUAAUUUAACAUUUUUACUAAAAGAAUCGAUAAUAUGCUUUAUUUCUGUUGUGUAUUGAAGUGAGGAAUGCGAAGUAAUAAAGCGUGAUACAAGUUCAGUUUUAUUGGUUACCUUCAAUGCUUCAUUUUAAGCAUAAAACCAACUGAACUAAAUAAGUUUUAAUCUGAGAGACAAAAACAAUGAUUAAAUAUAAUAAUAAAGCUAUAAAAGGUCCUAUUAAAAUGCUAAAUAACUAACUACUGUACACUCACAAUCACUGAAUUGUUUACACCUUUAUUUUUAUAUUGUAAUACUGUAAAAUCGCAGUGCUGUACGGAUUUACUAAAUGUCAAAUUGCUUGUCAAAAAUUUUAGUGCGUAUUGAAAAAUAAAAUAAGAAGUUAUUAAAAGCGUCCAAAAUGCCGUUUAUACCACGAGCAAAACCAAAAGUAAUCACCAAACUCAAUAAUUUUAAUUCAAUUUUAUUUAAAAAAAAAACAUGCCUUUCUAUACUUUCCGUUUUGUUAAAUUUUGUAAAAUAGAUUUAUUUUAUUUUGAUUUUUUAAUUUUAAUCAACCUAUUCUGGGUCCGCCACUGGUAACGUCACUUUGACGUAAAAGAUGCGUUUAAACGAGGUAAAAAUUCAAAAAAUUGGAAACUGGAUAUUAAAGGGUGUAAACUAUAGGGCUUUUCAUCGAUUGUCAUUUGUUUUGAGCUUCUGUCAAAUGUCGUAUAAUCCGUGUAUAAUAAAAAUAUACACGGAUUAUACAACAUAUGACAGAAGCUCGAAACAAAUGACUGUGAAUGAAAAGCCCUAUUCAGUGAUUGUGACUACCUACUAGCACAGAAUAUAUAACCACAUGGUUAUUUAUUCUGUGCUAUAUAUGGUUAUUUAUUCUGUGCUACUAGCAACAUUUGUAUUGUCUGCCAACAACUUUCGAAAAUAAUCAAUCAUCUUUAUUUAUUCACUGCUUAAAACUAAAUACAGUCGUUCAGUUACUUUUACAACUAAAACUACACAAAAUCAACAACAAAAUGUUCGCAAAAGACAACUACAUAAAUAACUAUUACAGAGGCAAAAAAUUUAAGAAACACAAUGUCAAAAAAUAUAAACAAAUAAAAUAUGUUCGUUCGCGGACCCCGACGCGGACUUUUAGUCAUGGCAUGCUCCAGUUGUCGUCGACUAGCCCCUUACUAGAGAGUUUUUAAGCCCCUUAUUUCAGCAACGUUAAACGUUAUACGCUAUUCUGCUCAUGCGCAUUAACUGAAAAAUAACGUAUUACCUUAUUAGCGGAUAAGGUAUCCCCUUAUUUAGGUAGAAAUAAGGUUCGCGUUAUUAAGGGAUUACGUAUUUGUAAGAUUGCCAAAUGUCAUAAAUCUAAAUCAUAAAAAACGAAAAAAAAAGUCAUAUGAGCUGAACCAAAGACAACUAGAAUAAAAAAUAUAGUAACGAUCUAUAAAAUUGUAAUCAAAAUUUGUUUUUCUUAAAAGCUAUCAGGUAAUAAACAUAGUAUAUAAUUGAAUAUAAUCUUCUUGGCAACCCUGGUAGAAUAAUUCUAAAUUACACCAUUUCUUGAGAAAUCUGACACUGUCUUGUUAAACUUAGGAUGGAUGUUUUGUGUUCAUAAAGUAGUAAAUUGUCUUUGGUGAACGUCUUAAUACAUUUUCUUCCAUUAUGGCAAAUAAUUCAAAAAAAAGUUAUAGCCGUUAUAGCAUACAACUGCCGUUUUAUAGGUUACGUUUGCCAAAUGUCAAUUAACGUUAAUCUGAGUGUGUAUUUUCUGAAGGGUUUCAAAAACUAUUUUAAGCAAACACGUUAUCCCUUAUUUAUCACUCAGUGCGCAUGACAAGUAUUGACAAGUAUAACGUUUUACGUUUAACGUACGUCAAAAAGUAGAGGGUCUAAAAUCUCUCUACUGUCUCUGCGAAUACACUUAUUAAUUGCCUCCAGGCGCGGCGGUGACAUAAAUGACAUAAAAGUCUUGAAAUGCCCUAUCAUAAACAUAAAAUGUUGACAUUGUUGAUAGUCUAUAGAACAGGAAUUGAAGUUUAUCGUUGUCUUGUGUUAAAGUUGUAAAAGUUAUAGAGUAUUGUAAUAUGUAUUGUUAGUCUUUGAAUAAAGUUAUUUUAAAGCAGUAACAAUUAACAAUAAUAUUAAUUAAGGUAUUUUUUGUAUGGAAAAACAAUUAUUUUGAAUAGUUCCAUGAGAAUCACAUGCCAUGAUCAGACAUGAAAGUCACAGGUGAUAACGGGCCAGAUUCAUUGACAUAUUAAGCGUAGACAAGGCAUACUCACCAAAAAAUCGUAACGCGAAAACAGCAUGGAAACAGUGAUCGGUGGUCUAUCUAUCUCUUUUAACCAAACGAUCCCGCGCAUGUGACAGACAAAGAUGGCUAGAUCACUCAAUCCUAUGUCGGCUUUACACCUCAAUGCAUAGAGUGGCAUAUGACUAGCCCGGUCUAUCCUUACCAUGUCUCUGGCCAGAUUAGCCCAAGUCUAGCAAUUAGGUACCCAUCUGUCUACUAGCGUGAUACUUACUGUAUGUCUGUAAUAAAACAAUUAAAAUUUUUGCGGUUGCAGAUUGCCUUAGGGACUUAAACAUUAAUUGAUAAACAGAUACCUAUAUCAAUAAUUAACAUAUUUUUGAUGAACAGUACAGGGUGUUUCAUAAAAGGUUUGUUAGAAUAUAAGGAAUAUUAUUAAAAAUCAUCUUAUUUUUUUGGGUCAAAUACAAAUCAAAGAAAGACUGAUAUUGAUACAUAGAUCAGAUAGUAUUUUAAAACACCUUGUACGCAAAUAGUAGCGUAGUUGAGCAAGAAUCACAAAAUAGCAGGAAGUACCUACAGGAAUAAGGAUGAAUAGAGAAAACUAAUAACAAGUUUUUCUAAUUACGCCACUGUUUGAAUGGUUACAAGAACGUAUUAAGCUGGGGUCCAACGGAACGUUGAGCGGCACGCCACGAGAAAUAUAAAAUAUGUAAUAGAAUAAGAUAAAAACUAAAGACGGGAGUCAAUGUAACGUGAAAUAGCGUAAUUUCCCUCAAAAUUUGUGGUUUACGGCCCUUAAGCUAGGACCGAACCCUAUAUUUAUGGAUCGGCGCGAAGUCUCUCAUCCUUUGUCGGUACAUGAUCAAGAUCUAAAGGAAGUCAGAAGCUGAUACAGACUAGGUACGUACCUCUCCAACCCUUUCGAUCGGCUAGGGACUGGUACGAUCAGUGCCGUGAUAAUUUUGCUAUGGAGUGGUCUAACGACGUUGUCUUCGAAUUUAUAUCAUUGCAUGAAUUAACCAACUUACUAAACUACCUAAAAAAACUAUAAUGUGGCAAUCCCCAGAGAAGAAAAAACGAGGAAGACCACCACAGAGCUGGAAUCUGGGAGUUAGGAAAGCGAUUAGCGCUCGAAAUCUAAAUGAAGACCUAACUCAGGACAGAAUACAGUGGCGUUUGGGAGUCGGACAACGUCGUAAGUCGUUAUGAAACCGAAUAUAUGUAUACUAAAAUAGCUAUCGCCCACAUUGACGGUGUACCUGCAAUACUUGAGUGGACGUAUUCCAUCGAAAAAAAAAAAUAUUUUUUAAUUUUAGAUUAACAUUGGGCGCCAACUGUACUCCCUUUCCUUUUCACUAUUAUAUAUUUUCUACUUCUGUUUGCCUACGUGAACUGGCGAAGAAUGGCACAUGGCACGCCACAUUCCAUGGGAUUCCGUCUUUAUGUUUACACACACAGGAACGUUUACACGCAGGUUUACGUGAAUGAGACAAGAAGAUGAGAGGAAUCUAUUACUGCUUGGAGUGACUAUUGAAAGUGUCAUAAUGAAAGUGUCAUUAGACCUAAUACCCGUUGUAACCAUCACUUUAGCAUACUUUUCCGAUUUUCGGAAUAUCGAGAGCACCUAAUAGGUUACACAGUAUUUGUUAUAUUGUCACAAAGCUUAAAUAUCUAUUUGUAAGUUAUUUAGACCUUGAAAAUUUUUGGUCACUGGUAGAGUUCAUUUUUCAACUGACGCAAGUGUUAUCUCUGGGUGUGUCGUUAAACUGGUUGCCUACUAAAACAAGAAAGAAAUGAAAGAGUCUUCUAAAAUGAUUAUGAUUUAUUGUCUCCCCUUGUACCAAUUCUAGUGAUAUUUAACAGAAAAAUCGCGUGUAAACUGUAGUUUUUAUUAGCGAAUGCACGGUGUUGUUUAAUUUAUAGUAUUUAAAAAAGUGUCACCCUAUUAUUAAAUUUAACUUAUAAGAUUAUUUGUUUGUCGGGAAAAAUAUUCAACAAAAUAAUAUAAAUUAAAGAACUUUAAAACAAAUUCUACUAUUAAAUAAAAAGAUCAGCUAAAUAGCUAAAAGGACUACUGGAUGUUAAAAUUAACAGUUAUACAUAAUAUAUACGUCUAUUAUAGCUAUAAUAUAAAUGCUAUCGUUAAAAUUUCUGAUGGUACCUAAUGUUUAUUGUUUGUUAUAAAGUUCUUUCAUAGAUUCUUUAUACCUACCUACCUAGUAUGCCUUUAAAUGUGACUGUUUUCUGCCUUAAAUUGUAUGUAUCUAGUUUAAAAAUUAUAAUAAAUAUUAAAUCGAUGUACCUAAUUAUGUUUCUUUCUGGUAAUUGCAAUAUCACUAUUUUAUUUCCGUUUCUCCAUUUGUGGCGGGAUGUAUGUAACAUUAAUAAUUGUAUUUUUCAAUAAAAUCCAAUAUAGAAAU